UUUGCAGGAUUACAUUACAUUAUGGUACAGGAAACUAUUUGAAUAAAUCUUCCUUAGUAUUCAAACAAAAUUCAAUUAUCUUGAUAAACACUCACAUCGUAAGCAAAACGCUUGAACUGAUUAUUCGUAAAACUGUUAAAUAGACUAAAAUAUCUAGUUACGUUGAGGCGCUGCCGUUAACUGACCAAGCGACAUCAGAAACCUUUAAACAAUUGUAUUUUAAUCAAUUGACAACCAUGUCAUCAAGUUCUCCAAAAUUUUCUUUGGACCUCUUUCAACAUGUUGUUUCUCACAAUCCCCAUGGCAACCUGUUCAUGUCGCCUAGCAGCAUUUUUGUUGUCAUGACGAUGAUUCAAACUGGAGCAAGAAAUGAAACCAGAAAUCAAAUGAUUUCUACUCUUCAAUUUCAAUCCAAUGAUCAACAGUCGAUACUUGCUGAUGCUGAGCAAUUAUUUAAAGUGUUGAAUACAGGGAGCGAUCAUGUCACACUGAGAAGCGCUAACAGACUCUAUCCGAACAGUGAUAAAAGCAUUUUGGAAGAUUAUAUUAAAGCUGUAGUCAAACAUUUUGCCUCAGAUGUCAAAUAUGUGGACUUCACAACCAACCCAGAGGGAAGCAGACAAGAAAUAAACAAAUGGGUAGAGGAAGUCACCAAUGAAAAGAUAAAAAACCUUCUGCCUAACGGAUCUAUUGAUGCAUCUACAAAAAUGGUAGUUGCAAAUGCCAUCUAUUUCAAAGGAAACUGGGCGACACAGUUUGAGCCAAAGAGUACAACACAAACUGAUUUUCAUACAUUUGACGGAAAAUCUUUGAAGAUUAGCAUGAUGAAGCGAGAAAUGGAGAAAGUGCGAUAUGGCGAAAAUACAGCUCUGGAUUGUAAGGUUUUACAUCUGCCUUACAUUGGGGAUGAAAUGGCUAUGGUAGUUCUACUUCCAAAUACCGUCACUGGAUUGCUGGAAAUGGAGAAAAAAAUAAACUACGAAAAAAUGAACCAUUGUAUCAAAGAUGUUUCCUCACCAACUGUUAUAGUUUCCUUUCCGAAAUUCAAGCUUGAGAGUUCAUUCAAGCUUAGUGAUACAUUAUCGGCUCUCGGAAUGCCGGAUGUGUUCAAUAAAAUCAAAGCUAACCUCUCUGGAAUGGGGACGAACUUGUUUGUUGAUCAGGUGUUCCACAAGGCGUUUGUGGAUGUAAACGAAGAAGGUACAGAGGCUACAGCUGCAACUGCUGCAACAAUUGUUAGAUGCCGUGCUAGCAUGCCAGCUCCUCCACUGACGUUCACGGCUGAUCACCCGUUCAUGUUUUUGAUUUGGCACUAUCAGCUGAAGGCGCCACUGUUUGUUGGUCGCUUUACUGGAUUAGAAACUAAAUCUGCUCAGACACGAGACGAACUCUAGAUUACAUGUGUUUAGCACAACGACGUCAUUGAUAAAUACAGUGCGCAUAUAUUGACCAUAGCCUGUUUAUCCCAAUUUGAUUAUUGGUGCGGUUAAGUUUGUUUAUCGAACAUAUGCCUUUUCAUUGUUAUUUAUUAUAGCCUGUGUGUGUAUGUAACAUUUUAAAGCAGUUCAUGAAAAACUAGUGUAAAAGAUUUAGCUAUCGGGUGCGUUUACUGUGGUACCUAGAUUGUAUUGGAAUUUUACUGCCAAAACUGGCGAUGUGUGCUCCGAGAUUUUUUUAUCGCAAUUUUGGAUGAGAACGUAUUAAUCUUAGAAUUGGUGUCAAUAUGGCGCAAUCUGAAACACCGGAAUGGCAAAAAAUGCACUGAGAAUCGGACGUUUGAAGUCGUAUCGCAGGAGAGGCGCAGUCUGUAUUACAAAUGCGGUCACAUAACAGCAAAUUAGUGUUAUGGUCCGUUUUAUUAAAUACCAUUAUCAAUGUGUUUGUCCGGAAAAGUAAAAACGAACUAUGUAUGUACACUAUGGAAUGUAUUGAAAUAAGUGCCAAAGUCGUCCGAGUGUUUGUAUUAGCAUAAAAAGAAGUACAGUUACAUGCUUGAAACAGAAAAAGAAACGCUAUUAGCGGAUACCAAUUCUUUUAUUCGAAUGUUGAAUACAUUUUGUAUUUGAGGGCAGAAAAAAGGUUUAUAAUAAAAUAUUUAAAAAUCUCAUACACACGCCUACAAAUAUGAGCGUUCCAAAGAGGAAACAUAUUUUAUCUUCGUAUUCAUUAACUUGCAUUUUGAUUGGAAUCAAGUGAAUGCUUUCGCACACUAAGUCUCUAUUGCGUGUAUGCUAUAAUGUAUAUUAUUACUUAUUUAACAGUAUGAGCGUGACUGUUAUUGUGUGAGCGAUUCAGAUAAAGCGACACGUUUAAAUUUGUUGUAACGGAUGCAAUUAAAUGUCUUAUGAAAUUCCACCUUUAACGCAAAGAACAAAAAUUCAAAAUCAAGUGUUCUCGCGGUGUAGUAAGCUAAAAAAAGAGACAAUGUUUAACAAAGUGUGAUUUGCAUGUCUUAAUUCUUAUUUCAUUUUGCGAUAUUUUUUAUUUACUAGAAAUAUUAUAUUGGAUAUUUGCACAUAUUAGAUUCGUAGUUUAGUAUUUCGUUGUGUUGUUUACACAGUAUUUAUGUAAAAAACUUCUUUGUAUAUACACUCUAUUAUAUAAAGUAAUUUCUAUAAAUUAACAGCUUAUUGUGAUUU